UUGGUGGCCCCCGUAUAUUGUGUGUCGUGGUUUCGAUCGGUGAAAAAUCCUGACAGCAGGACGGGGCUCCUGAUAAUUACACCAACUGUGAAUUUUCCCGUGGAAAAAGAGUAGAUUCGAUUCCCACAAGUGUCCAAUUGUUCAAUGUUGCAGUAAAGGAAUAAAAUCAGGCCAUGACUUGACGAACAUCGCAGCAACCAAGUGAGCUGGAAGAUUCACCAAAGUAGGCUGACAAAUGGAACCAGCAGAAGAAAUCCUCCCACUUCGACGAUUUCCUGUUGGUGUACGGUUUUAGGUGUUUUCUUUAAUGCGACAACAGUGCUCGGUGACAAAUGCAACUGCAUUCAAGCUAAGCGAUUUGAAUCCCCAUGUAGAGAAGCUAAAUUCGAUUUUUGACAAAUUUGCAAUCACGAAGAAGCUAGCCCAGAGUGGUUCGACGAGAAAAUUACAAAGUGCAGUGCAAAAGAAGAAGUUGGAAGGAAAAUUCGGGUAUCCAAGAUAACAUCAUCCUCUGGCGUUUGCGAGUGCAAUUAUAGGUGUGUGCGUGAGUGCGUGCGAGUGCUAGUGGGAAAAGGCCCGGAGAGCGAGCGGAAGAAAACACGUCCCAGUCAGUGAGAGGGUGAUCCCGUAAUCUCCAGCGCGAAAGGACGACAAGUCCCAACGAUACGGUCCUGGCCUGUUCGGGAAGGGGAUCACGGAAAACUCACAAAGGCACACAAUCGUAGACACACACACAUACACAUACACAUCCUCAGUAGGAGCGAGAGAAGAAGUUGAGCGAGUGGGCACGAGUAAUUCAGCGCCUCUGCUGGUCUACCACUUGGUCCCUGUUUCUCUGUCUGUGCCAGCGUGCACGUGUGUUUGUGCAGUGUGUGCGUGCGCGACACCAUCCGAGAGGUUGACCGACAUAGGAAAAACGGACACCAGGAACAUCAGCAGCAGCAAACGGCAGUAGCAGUCCGCAGCUCAGGACCCACCCGAGCAAUCCGGGAUCUCUCAUUCACGUCGUGAAAACGGACCAAGGACGACGACGACGACAGUGACCGCGCUCCGCUUCGUAGACUAAAAUGUCCCGGUGCUAGAGAGCGAUCUGUACACAGACUGACUUUAACGAAGGGCAGCAAGCGGAUUGACUGAAAACACUACACAACCAAACCAAGAGCGAGCUUGGACAACCCCAAAGCCCGUAGGACCUCUCCUAGAUUGAUGGCCGCGACGCCAUACUGAGAGCUGUCGACGUUUCCCGUACGAGCUAGCAAGCUACCAAUCAACCCGGUCCCAGUAGCAGGUGUACGUACGUCAAGGCGUAGUAGUGGUAGUGGAGAAGCUGAAAUCAGUUCAGCAAGUGCACGUAGUAGUGGUGUGAGCGGCGAGAAGCGCCUUCUUCCUGGCUGCGGGCAGACAGCGACAACCAAUCGUGUAGCUUUCGACUGGGUCGAAACAUUACGAAGAAAAGGCGAACAAUUUUAGUCGGAAACUGUAAUAACUUAAACCCAUAAACAAACAAACAGAAACACUACUUAACUAUUGUUUAGUCGUCUCUCUCACUCACAAACAUACACGCAUACCUUAGCACUCACACAGUAAAUCGUGAAUCUAAUAUUAUUAUAUAAAUAUCGAAUCGGAGUAGUAAUUGUAUAACACAUAUACACACACACAAAAACACAGAUUGCAAGAUGUCUUCGCAAACGGCAAGUCAACAACAAUCAACCAAUGCAACACCACAGCAGCAGUCGGCCGGCUCGGGAACCGGUGGCAACGACCGGGUCAUCGACAGUGUCCUGUUUCCACCGAAACACAAACUCACGAUCUCCGAGGUGUUCGACUCACAUACCGGCAAGCCCCGCCCGGACGUCCUGAAGCAGCACUUUAUCCUGGAAGGUCGAAUCGAGGAGAAUGCCGCCCUGAGGAUCAUCCAGGAGGGUGCCGCCAUCCUGAAGGCGGAGAGCACGAUGAUUGACAUCGAAGCCCCGGUCACGGUGUGCGGCGACAUCCACGGACAGUUCUACGAUCUGAUGAAGCUGUUCGAGAUCGGAGGCUCGCCGGCGUCUACCAAGUAUCUCUUUUUAGGCGAUUACGUCGACCGUGGCUACUUUAGUAUAGAGUGCGUACUGUAUCUGUGGGCGCUGAAGCUGUGCUAUCCUACCACACUGUUUCUACUGCGAGGCAAUCACGAGUGUCGGCAUCUAACGGAAUACUUUACCUUUAAGCAAGAGUGUAAGAUUAAGUACUCAGAACGAGUCUACGAUGCGUGCAUGGAUGCGUUUGACUGCUUGCCCCUGGCGGCACUAAUGAAUCAGCAAUUCCUCUGUGUUCACGGUGGUCUCUCGCCGGAGAUUCAGGAACUAGAUGACAUCCGAAAGUUAGACAGAUUCAAAGAACCACCGGCAUUCGGACCGAUGUGUGAUCUGCUGUGGUCUGACCCGCUAGAAGACUUCGGAAACGAGAAGAAUUCGGACUUUUAUUCGCACAAUACAGUGCGUGGAUGUUCGUACUUCUACAGCUACAAGGCGUGCUGUGAUUUCCUGCAGAACAACAAGCUCCUAUCGAUCAUUCGGGCGCACGAAGCGCAGGACGCUGGCUACCGUAUGUACCGCAAGAGCUCGACGACCGGUUUCCCCUCGCUAAUCACAAUCUUCUCCGCUCCAAACUAUCUGGAUGUCUACAACAACAAGGCGGCCGUGUUGAAGUACGAAAACAAUGUCAUGAAUAUCCGGCAGUUCAACUGUUCACCGCAUCCGUACUGGCUUCCAAACUUCAUGGACGUCUUCACCUGGUCGCUGCCAUUCGUCGGCGAGAAAGUCACCGAAAUGCUGGUUAACGUACUUAACAUUUGCUCGGAUGAUGAGCUUAUUUGCGAGGGCGACGACACCCUAGAGGAAGCGAACGCCCGCAAGGAGGUCAUCCGAAAUAAGAUCCGCGCCAUUGGCAAGAUGGCUCGUGUCUUCUCCGUACUGAGGGAGGAGUCUGAGUCAGUGCUCCAACUGAAAGGACUCACGCCAACCGGUGCCCUGCCAUUAGGCGCUCUCUCCGGCGGCAAACAGUCCCUUCACAACGCCCUGCAAGGCUUCUCACCCAACCACAAGAUCACAUCGUUCGCCGAAGCCAAGGGACUGGACGCGAUCAACGAGCGAAUGCCACCGAGGCGGGACACGACACCGACGCCCAGCGACGAAAAGUCCAUAUCGUUAACGGCACCCAAAUAAUCAGCUUAGUCGUCCUAUCGGAACAGUGUGAAAGCAAAACACAGCUAAAUCCAGUUCAGCGCGAAACAGCAUAGCUACACACCCACAUCCACACAAAUAAAAAAAAACAUAAAUACAUCGCCCAGAGUUCACACACACAGAGACACGCGCGUAUAUGCAUAUAAAAUAAUAUUAUAAUUGAAGCUACUAAAAGGAAAAAAAAAAGUCACAAGAAAAAAACAACUAUUAUAAUAAAUUAUGUGAAGGAAAUUAAAAAACUAACUUAAGUGAGCCCAUCAAUAUCUUGAACAGAGCAAAUCGAAACUACAACCAAACCAGACUUAAAAUCAGGCUUCGUUCCCUCUCUAGCAAACGGUCAAAUCAGAGCCCUCAUCUCACACACAAAACAGCAGCCCAAAUCACAGUGGACUGUGCCUUUGUGAUCCAAGCAAAAAAUAUUGACAUUUUAGGCGGUCGAAGGAGGCUUUGCGCGCACUGUUUUCGGUUUUGACGAAUUGCCCUACUUUCCUGCACCCACGCCCCUCCUUCAUCACAUAUUUUCGCAUUUCACAACAAAACCAAAUAGAUAUGAACACUUCCUUCACGAUUGAUGAUCACAAGACAGCCAGAGGCAAACGUUUUUUCGGGUGAAAAUGGUUCAAGUUACAGAAGAAGGAAAAGAAUAUUAUUAAUCGAAUUAUUGUUGAUGUUUUCUAGCUAAACCAAACGAACAAAAGCAAAACAAACAAAAUCAAUGGAAAUAGGGAUUGUUGAGCAGCCCGCGACGAUGGUGCGAUAAUACGAUGUUAGGCUUGUGUUACAGAAUAAACGAGCGCAGAAUAGAGAAGCAUUUUUGUUGCCCAAAUAAUCACAUUUGUCAAAAAAUGUUAACCCAUUGAAUUUAUUUGAUUGAACAUGGCAAUGAAUCGCAUAACGCACAUAACUCAAUAGCAAAAAAACAUUUAAAACAAACAGUGCGUCGGUGACAUUUGGUGACGAUGAGCAUCGUUCAAGCCAAAGGUCUCAUAUUGAAGAAUAAGGUCUCACUAUAGCUAAACAAAUACUCUGUCCGGUUUCCAAAAAUUCUGCUUAACUAAUAUUCUGUCUGAAAAUAAUUAUUCAUCAAGUGCUUGAAUUAUUAUCCCCACCUGUCAUUAACUGUCAUUGCUCCUUGACAAUUAAAAAUGCAAACACUCGUAAACAUAAUCCCUUACCGUUAACUCCGCAGGAUUAAACAUAAAUCCUGAAGAAAUUCGAGGAAUGCCAGAAAAAAGUCGAAGAUCGUAUGCAUUGUAACUAACCCAACACUCGUUUUUUGAUAUAAAUGUGAUUGAUUAUUGAUUUACCUUUUAUUUCCAAUCGUAAUGACAAACGACACGCGAAUUUAUUCCACAAAAAUGUCCAGUACGACCCCGAAUGCAAACAUUUUGUACACUAAACCGUUCCAUCCCUCCUUCCUUCAUUAUCAGACGACUUACAACAAGGUGAACAAAAAAAAAUAAGAUUGGAACAAGCUUAACACUAAUCAAGUAAGGGUAAAAUAUAUAUUUAACAGUGAAACAAAGGCGAUUGAGAAGAAAGCAAAUCGGUAGAUAAAAAGAACACAGUAUAGAAAUUACGAGAGAAUGAGUAGCGUCUGAAGCGGGCAGAAGAUAACAAGAAGAAAAAAAACAGUAAAACAAGUUAAGUCAUAAGUGUAUAAUUGAUUAAUGAUUAAGUAAAUUAAUUUAACUGAUUAUGAAACUGAAGCAGAGAAGUUAAUAGAAACAGGAGCGAAACCUAGAGUCGAAUGAAAGGCGAGAAUUUAAAUUUAAAAAGAAAUAUAACAAAAGAGGAGUAAUUAUUGUCAUAUUAUUAAAUCUAUUACGAUCAUUGAAAACAACAACAAGAGGGAAAAAAGAAACAAAACAAACAAGAAUCUUAUAUUGAAGCAUUGAAUUCAAGAAAAACAAAAAUUGUGCAUCAACAAAACAAAAAAACUAUGAAAAACUGAAGCAAAUAGCGGAAAAACGUGAAACAUUUUCAUUAUUUUAAAACAAUUCUCUUAAUUGAAAUAGUAAUAUAGCUCAUUAAGACAAGAAGAAAAAACAAAAACAUCAUUGUGUAAGCAAAACAAAAACAAAAGAUAGAGGAUUAAUAAGUGAAAAAACUUCCCUUCCCGUGUUAAUACAACAAUAUUUGCGUGCGCUUUUCUCUCAUCAAAACUAAAUCGACGAUUUAAAAACCUUUAACGAAAAGAAAAAAAAACACAAACAGCUAAACUAUGAAAAACUACUUUUUACUUAAAUCCUGGUUGGAAUUUCUUUACGGCUAAGUUUUAUCAUUAUUUGUAAUAUUUUUAUUCACCUGUUGUUAUAUUAGUAAUAAAAAAACGGAAUAUUUAUGUUUAAUGAUAGAUCUUUUUCCGAGGAUGAAGAAAACACAUUGUUAUAGAGUAAUUUAAUGUGAACAAGAAAACAAACAAAAUCCCAGAAAAUAUUUAACAACCAGUGCAGUGCAACCCUUUCUCAUUGUUUCGUUACAGAGAAGCAGACAAAAAAUACAGAAGUAAUAAUGUAACCGCAAUCCGAACUAAGCUAAAAGUAAAUAAUGAAAAUCAAUUUUUAUACCACUUUCUCUAAGACAUAAAAAAAAUCAAUGGAAUAUUAACUAAAACCGCAACAAAACAGUCAAACAAUGGAAUAAGGAUUCACAAGAAACUCUGUCAUCAAACUCUUCUUAAGAAUCGUAAUAAAAGUUAAAAUUUGUUCUUCUAUUCUAAAACAAAGCAAA